GAGACUCAGCGCAACAAUUUCAUACUCCAUAAAGUAAUCUUCAUUACUGCCAUUGCGUCGCCUUUUGUUCACAUAUAUAGUCAAAGGGAGUAUCCAAAGAGAACAUGGCACUUGAACAAUUCAAGAAAGAAGAAACCCUCGCAAUGAGGAAGAGAUUAAUCGGGGAGUCAAUUAGACUCUUUUACUCAGACAACCCUGUGAAAAUAGUGAGAGCAAGGGGCCAAUAUCUAUACGAUGAAAAUGGACAGCGUUAUCUGGACUGCAUCAGCAACGUUCAUCAUGUGGGUCACUGUCAUCCAAGCAUUACAAAGGCUGCAGCAGCACAAAUGGACCUCCUGAACACUAAUACAAGAUUCCUGCAUGACAACAUAGUCACGUAUGCAGAUCGUCUGGCUGCCACCCUGCCCGAGAAACUGUGUGUCUUCUAUUUCGUCAACUCUGGUUCAGAGGCCAAUGAUCUUGCCCUGCGCUUGGCACAGCAUUACACCCAACAUCAGGACGUCAUAGUGAUUGACCAUGCAUACCAUGGGCAUCUAAUGUCCCUCAUCGACAUUAGUCCUUACAAGUUCCGGAAACUGGCAGGACAGAAAGAAUGGGUUCAUGUGGCACCCUUACCAGACACCUACAGAGGCAUGUACAGGGAGGACCACCCUAACCCCGGCCAAGCUUACGCUGAUACAGUAAAAGACCUGAUAGAGGAGGUGCACAAGAAAGGUCGUAAGAUCUCUGCCUUCUUUGCUGAAUCCCUGCCAAGUGUUGGAGGACAAAUCAUUAUGCCCCAAGGAUACUCGGCUAAAGUUGCAGAGUACGUGCGCUCAGCUGGCGGGGUGUUUGUGGCAGACGAGGUGCAGACAGGCUUUGGACGUGUGGGAAGUCACUUCUGGGCUUUCCAGCUGCAGGGGGAGGGUUUCUGUCCCGACAUUGUGACCAUGGGUAAACCAAUGGGUAACGGACAUCCCAUGGCAUGUGUGGCCACCACUGUUGAGAUAGCUAGAGCUUUCACAGCCAACGGAGUGGAGUAUUUCAAUACGUUUGGAGGGAACCCAGUGUCCUGUGCAAUUGGCCUGGCAGUCCUUGAUGUGAUCGAAAAAGAGGACCUAAGAGGAAAUGCCACAAGGGUGGGAGCACAUCUAACAGAUUUGCUCACAAAGCUGCAAACACGACAUCAAAUAAUUGGCGACGUCAGAGGUGCAGGACUGUUUGUGGGUCUCGAGCUGGUUGCAGACAGAGAACAGAGGACGCCUGCCACAGAAACAGCAGCAAGGGUGGUGAAGAGGCUGAAAGAGGAGGACAGAAUCUGUGUCAGCACCGAUGGCCCUUGGGACAACGUUGUGAAGUUUAAACCUCCCAUGUGCUUCAGCGUGGAGGACGCAGAACUGGUGGUACAAUGUAUUGACCGCAUCCUCACGGACAUUGGAGCCAGUGAAAAGGAAGACAUCUAAGGUGUUCAGUGCCAUUUUUAAGUCAGCUCUUUAAGAGAAGUCAUCUCACUGAUGAAACCCAGCCAAUUGGAGGUUAGCACUUUAAAGUGAUGCUGCUGCAUCAUUACCACCUGCAAGACAACCCAAUAUACAAGAAGCUAAUGUGACAAUAUUGAACUCCCACAGACAUUUUGUUCAUCAAGAAACUAAUAAACACUAAGCAUUUUUAAAACCCCUGCCUCUGUGUUUUACCCAAACUAACAAUAUUUUAAAAUAUCUAUCCCAACACACAACACUGAUCAGCAACAUGUUCCUAAUACACAGUUUGGUUGAGAUAAGCACUUACCAGACCACUAGCUUUAAAAUCCUGGUCACAUUCAUUAAAAAUACUCAAGUAUCGCAGUUUCACAUCUAGUGGGGAGGGAAUUAAAACUCAGCCAGUUAUCCUGCCGGUAGCGAAGCCCUCUCCCACACCUUCCCAAAGAGGCAGCCGUAGAGGUGUUAACAUUACUCAAGACAAAACAAGCAAGCCAUUUAACAGUACAAAACAUUUAACAUUAACUUUACAAAUAAUAACAAAACGAUCCGUGUGUAAUAUAAACCAAAAGUUUAUUUCUACCAAUUUGCCCAAGACACUAGAGGAAUGAGUUUCCAGUGAGAGAGGGAGUACCCUCUUACAUUAACAGGCUUGCGUUCAGUUGAAUAACACUAGUAGAGCCACUUAAAAUUGCAGACAUGAUGGGGGAAGAAUCUCCUUAAAAGCCAAAAGAAAGAAAAAAGAUAAAAAAUAAAGAUGCUGGUUGUCUUCGUCUACUAGGCCAUCUGCAAACAUUAACUUUACACGCUUACAAUGAACCCUUUGAUUAGUUUAAAUCCCUUAUUUUU